ACUCUGGAAAAGGACUUCAAUGGUCAAUUGGAUACAAGUUUCACUUUGAGCGCGGACGUUUAUACUAUGCAGAUAUCGCAGUAUACAAACACGGGGAGGCGUCCAUCAUUAGGAAGGGAAAUGUCGCACGUCACGAGGUGCUAUCUGGGCCGGUUAGUUUUGGUAAUCUGCAUAUUGGCCACGUGGUUGACGACAGGCGUGUUGCUUUCGAAGAAGUACACUACUAGAUAUUCAGGAGGAAGCGACGUCUCAAUCAAUGCCGCUUCCGAGUUCGAUUUAUUGAUGCUUGCGGAAGAAAAGGGUACUUUUGACAAUAUUAUUCUAGAAUUGCGAGAAUUCAGCCAAAGGAUAAAUGUUACAAAAACGGUCAAACCGGAACCGGACGUAAAUGUUGUAGAACUACGCCCCCUAGCGUGCCGCAUGCGAAAUUUCGGCACCCAACCACCUCACACGAGUCUGAUUUUAGAUAUGCACGGACUAUAUUACACGGCUAUUGAGGAGUAUUUACUAAAUAUUCUGGCAGCUACGUCAAUGGUUGUGAUAAAGGAAGUAUUUGUGAUACACGGAGGUUUAAAUCUGGAAUAUCUCCGAAAAGAUCAUCGAUUCAAAGAAUUCCAAGCUCUGAACUUUGUCGACCAAAUCAAGGUAAAACAAUUGCACACCAACAGCAGUGUCUUGCACGCAAAAAUUAAAGCUGCCAAGAUGGCGUUUGGUUCGGUUUUGGUUUUCGCCGAUGGCAAUGUCAUGUGGACAAAUGGUUGGUUGCAGCCCCUUUUAGUCGAACUGGAGAAGGAUCCAAAGACGGUGGCGUCACCUUUGUUUUUUCCGUAUGAUGAAAACAUCAAGGGUGGAAUUCCCGUCCCCAGGUACGGAACUGGUGUGUCAUGGGGAUUGUCGACGGUGCUAAUUGAGCAGGUGCCGCAAUCCUGGGACACAAAUGGUUUGUUGCCACUGAGAUCACCCGCUCUUCGAGGCCAUGUUUUUGCGGUGAAAAAACUAUUUUUCAAAUCUUUGGAGUAUUUUGAAGACCAGCUCGACGACGGUGGAGGUGAAAAUGUGGAUUUAUCUUUCAAGACAUGGCUAUGUGGGGGUGAUAUCAAAAUUGUUCCGUGCUCCAGAAUCGGUAUUCAUUUUUUUUAUGAUCCCCAGAAAAUCACGAACAAAAACAAUAUCUACGUCCUAUCGGAAUUAUGGCUGGACUGGUACAAGAAAAUUGUCAUUACGAAUACUGAAAUUCCGCCACCGGUCCAAUCGAAAAUGUACCGGGUUAUAGAGAAACGGAAUACUUAUAAACACAUGAAAUGCAAAUCAUUUUAUUGGUAUAGCGAGAGUGUCCCGAUGAGCAUUGCGCUGCCUCACGCCUCUGCCAUUCACUACGGCCAUCUUGUCGGCAAAUCCGGGAAAUGCGCCACGCUCGGUCCGCAGAGGCGAAUCCUUCUGGCGCAGUGUUUGCCCGGAAUUCACAAGCCUUACAUGUUGUUCCAGUUGCUUGCUGACGGGCGCCUCAUAACUCUUGGACUUUUUCUCCACACCGAUAAGGACAGAAACGUGGUGCAACAGGCGUAUGAUGACACGUCGCCGCCUGCGCUCUGGGUCAUGACGUCAGAUGGACAACUCCUCGUAGAAGUGGACAAAAAUCACCACGUGUGUGCCACUGAGACUGGGGGGAGGAUGAAGGUCGAAAAGUGUGUAGCAAUGAAGUCGGAUCAAGUGUGGAAGUUAGAAAUUCUGAACUAA